AUGCAGCGCCUCACUUCUCGAGGUCUUCUCUCAGCGUCUGCCUCUGCCGCUGGUCGUCGCCUCGCCUCCACCAGUUCACGCAGGGCAGUAUCACCACUUCUGCUCUCCUCCAAGAUGUCGUCCCCCGUCAAGAUUGCUUCCGCCACCGCGGCCCGAAGGAUACAUGCCACCGCCAACCACCUCCGUCCCGCCGCUGCUGCUGCUGCUGCCCUAGAGACCACGGCGACCAGCUAUCCUACCACCCACGACAAGAUCGCCGACGUCAAGGACACUCCUUGGUUCAUCAACAACCAGUUCGUCGCCUCCUCCGCCACCCAGUACAUCGACCUCCACGAUCCUGCCACCAACAACCUCGUCACCCGCGUGCCCCAGAACACCGAUGAGGAGCUCAAGGCCGCCGUCGACUCGGCCCAGAAGGCUUUCGAGUCCUGGAAGAACACCACCGUCCUCCACCGCCAGGCCAUCAUGUUCAAGUUCGUCGCCCUCAUCCGCGAGAACUGGGACCGUCUCGCGGCGAGCAUCACCCUCGAGCAAGGCAAGACCUUUGCCGACGCCAAGGGCGAUGUCCUCCGUGGUCUCCAGGUCGCCGAAGCCGCCUGCGGUGCUCCCGAGCUUCUCAAGGGCGAGGUCCUCGAAGUAGCCAAGGACAUGGAAACCCGCACCUACCGGGAACCCCUGGGUGUCGUGGCCGCCAUCUGCCCCUUCAACUUCCCCGCCAUGAUCCCGCUGUGGUGCAUCCCCAUCGCCACCGUCACCGGCAACACCCUGAUCCUCAAGCCCUCCGAGCGCGACCCGGGCGCGGCCAUGAUCCUCGCCGAACUGGUCCAGAAGGCCGGUUUCCCCGAGGGCGUCGUCAACAUCGUCCACGGCGCCCACCGCACCGUCAACUUCAUCCUCGACGAGCCCGCCAUCAAGGCCGUCUCCUUUGUGGGAGGCAACAAAGCAGGCGAGUACAUCUUCUCGCGCGGCUCCGCCAACGGUAAGCGCGUGCAGGCCAACUUGGGAGCCAAGAACCACGCCGCCGUGCUCCCGGAUUGCAACAAGAACCAGUUCCUCAACGCGGUAGUAGGCGCCGCCUUUGGCGCCGCCGGCCAGCGCUGCAUGGCUUUGUCGACCCUCGUCAUGGUGGGCGAAACCAAGGACUGGCUUCCUGAACUCGCCGAGCGCGCCAAGGCUCUCAACGUCAACGGCGGCUUCGAAGAAGGCGCCGACCUCGGUCCCGUCAUCAGCCCGCAAAGUAAGGAGAGGAUCGAGUCCCUCAUCGCCUCCGCCGAGUCCGAAGGCGCUACCAUUUUGUUGGAUGGCAGGGGCUACAAGCCAUCCAAGUACCCCAACGGCAACUGGAUCGCACCAACUAUAAUCUCCAACGUCACCCCGAACAUGAAGUGCUACACGGAAGAAAUCUUCGGUCCCGUGCUGGUCUGCUUGAACGUGGAAACGCUAGACGACGCCAUCGACCUGAUCAACAGCAACGAGUAUGGCAACGGCGUGGCGAUCUUUACCCGCAGUGGUCCGACGGCCGAGACUUUCCGCAAGAGAAUCGAGGCCGGUCAGGUCGGCAUUAAUGUGCCUAUCCCUGUGCCUCUUCCCAUGUUUAGCUUCACGGGCAAUAAGAAGAGCAUUGCGGGCGGAGGUGCGAGCACGUUUUAUGGAAAGCCGGGAGUUAAUUUUUAUACGCAGCUCAAGACGGUUACGGCGCACUGGGCGGCUAAUGAUGCGAUUGAGCGGAAGGCGGAUGUUGCUAUGCCUACCCAUUCUUAG